UUUAGAGUAUUAGUUUUAAGGAGGGUUUCAAGAGACCAGUGCGACGAUGGUGCUGUUUAGUUGGAGCUUUUGCAGUGAUUAGUGUUGUGACUUCCUGGUGUUUGCACCGGUUGUGAAGUUUUUAUUUCGAUCGGGGGGUAAAUGGUGAUGAUCCGCAAUCAUGACGAUGUGGCAGAGUGGGAUGGGGGGGCCUGGGGGCAAGAACAACGCGUGGAUGAAACUGAUGGGGAUCGUCCACAAAGAGCGCCGACACCACGACUCCGGAGCCACUUCCACAGAUCGCACACUUAGCCAGUCGCUGCCCAAGCUCAGCAGCCAGGAAGAGGACGGGCACACCCCCCACUCCCAGUUCACUGGCGUAGCCCACUUUGAGCCCAUCCCGCACGACCACGACUUUUGUGAAAGAGUCGUGAUAAACGUCAGCGGCCUCCGGUUCGAGACGCAACUUAGAACGCUAAAUCAGUUUCCUGACACGCUGCUAGGUGAUCCGGCCCGCCGUAUCCGCUACUUCGACCCGCUUCGCAAUGAGUACUUCUUCGACCGAAACCGGCCCUCCUUCGACGCCAUCCUGUAUUACUACCAGAGCGGCGGUCGGUUACGGCGUCCCGUCAACGUGCCGCUGGACGUCUUCUCCGAAGAGAUCAAGUUCUACGAGCUGGGCGAGCUGGCGAUCAACAAGUUCCGCGAGGACGAGGGCUUCAUCAAGGAGGAGGAGAAACCUUUGCCAUCGCACGAGUUCCAGCGCAAUGUGUGGUUGCUGUUCGAGUACCCCGAGUCGUCGCAGGCGGCGCGCGUCGUCGCCAUCAUCUCAGUGUUCGUUAUUCUGCUCUCUAUCGUUAUUUUCUGUCUGGAAACGCUGCCCGAGUUCAAGCACUACAAGGUGUUCAACACGACUACCAACGGCACCAAGAUAGAGGAGGACGAAGUGCCGGACAUCACGGACCCGUUCUUCCUCAUAGAGACCAUUUGCAUCAUCUGGUUCACGUUCGAAUUGUCCGUGCGCUUCCUGGCGUGUCCCAAUAAGCUACAUUUCUUCCGGGACGUCAUGAACUUUAUCGAUAUCAUCGCCAUCAUUCCGUACUUUAUUACGUUAGCCACGGUCGUGGCUGAGGAGGAGGACACGUUGAACCUGCCACGUGCGCCUGUUAGUCCGCAAGAUAAAAGCACCAACCAGGCCAUGUCGCUGGCCAUUCUUCGUGUCAUUCGGCUCGUGCGAGUCUUCCGCAUCUUCAAACUUAGUCGGCAUAGUAAGGGCCUGCAGAUCCUAGGGCGCACGCUUAAAGCCAGCAUGCGCGAAUUAGGCUUGCUCAUCUUCUUCCUAUUCAUAGGUGUCGUGCUCUUCUCGAGUGCCGUCUACUUCGCCGAGGCGGGCUCCGAGAAUUCCUUCUUCAAGUCCAUCCCAGACGCGUUCUGGUGGGCAGUGGUCACCAUGACGACUGUGGGCUACGGCGACAUGACGCCGGUCGGCGUUUGGGGCAAGAUCGUGGGUUCGCUGUGUGCAAUCGCUGGUGUAUUGACCAUUGCGCUGCCAGUGCCAGUCAUAGUAUCGAAUUUCAAUUACUUUUAUCACCGUGAGACGGAUCAGGAAGAGAUGCAGUCGCAGAACUUCAACCACGUGACCAGCUGCCCGUACCUGCCAGGCACCUUAGGCCAACAUAUGAAGAAGAGCUCGCUAAGCGAAUCUUCCAGCGAUCUCGUCGAGCUGGAGGAGGGCCUGCUGGUGACGCGCGACCAGCUGGUCCGGAAGCAGAACUGCAAUCCGCGCCACAACAACAACAUCAACGCCAUGAGCAUCGAGACUGACGUUUGACUACAAGUGACGGAUGCGCUGCGCCCACGGCUACUCGGCGUCCAAAGUUGGUGUUACCAUCGCCGCCGUCGCCACCUGCCGCCCCCAUCGUCGCCGCCACCAGCAUCAGCACCACCUCCCGCAGCAACAACUCUCGCCAGCAGCAGGAAAAGCAAGUGUGUGCGCGCAGUGCUCCGGACGCUUACCGAACUGCUACAUCAAAUUCACAGUACUUGUUCUCGGUACUUUUGUAUUACCAUAACGAUUGUUUUUGGGUGAGAUAUCCUGCCAAACAUAUAAUAAUAACAUAAUUACUACAUAAUAAUAAAUACCUAUAAAUAAUGAAUAACUUAUAAUAAUAAUGAUAACGUAAUUUAAUGAGUAAACAACGCGCAUCGGCCGGCGGCAACCACCUUACACCCCGCUCAAUCGGUCUGCGGUCCUGUCGGUCCAGUCAAUUAGGGCGUUUUUACCUCACAUUUUCACUGUUAAACCGGAAAAAAGCUCUCACCAGUCUCGUUCUCUUCCGAAAUUGUGAUUCGAAUUAUAGCAACUAUAAAACUAAUCACUAUUUCAACAGAGCAUGUCUCGAAACUGAUGAUUGCUUUCUUCCUAAGAUGUUUUGAUUGUCCCUCAUCUUUCCUCAUGUACAGUUGGGUGCUCAGGCCUCAGUCGAGCGAUCACUACACGCUUUCGUGUAGACGCAGCCUUAGUCUCUUAUGCCACCGAAAUUUCACGCUUCGGCCAAGAAAUUUCAAAUUUAACUAACUGUACAUAGUUAUUGUAUUACUCCCAAUUCAGAAGUUAUUAAAAUUGUGAUCCUGUUCGAAUGAAUGUACUUAAAAAAUUAACAUUGAAUUUUAACUAAGUAUAAAUACCGUAGCAGAUAAAUACUUAUUGCUUUUAGUUUUAGUGGCAGAGCAGAGCAUUUAACGGAUAUUAUUGUUCAGAUAAGUCAUCAAGAUUGCUGCUUUUUAUGUAAAACAAUGAAUAUUCUAAACGACUCAUAACAACUUCCUUAAAACCUCAAUUUAAUUUACUGUUACAUUAAAGUUAGCCAAAGAUUUUGUACCCUUAUUAAAGUGAUAUUUUCGAUUUAGGUAAAUAUUAAAGUUUGUAAGAUUAAACAUUAAUAAGUCAUAGAAAUGGCUUAAGAAAACUGUACUGCCUUUACGAAUAGUUAUAAGGAAAACAAAUUUUGCACUAUUUCUAAUUGACUAAUAAUACUCAUGAAAUACGAGUAUCCAGCCAAAAUUAAUUAAGAAUGUCUGAACCAACCUUUGCUCGACCAAUCUCGUUCACAACACGUCUCGCUGUGAACUUUAGGACUGAUAUCAUACAUAUCUUGUAUGUAUACGCAAAACAUCGAUACAACUGAAUUUAUCCUAACGGACAAGCUCAAACUUUUUACUUUAUGUUCCUUUUCGUUGGUUGUAUCGAGAUAAAAAGUGUAAUCAAAUUUAAGUCCUAUCUGCAAAUUUAUGUCCACUUUACUCAAAUAAGUUCAAAGGUAACGCCACUUAUGUAUUGUCGCAGCAACGAAGAAACUCGAGGAGGACAAUUCGGUGGCUCGUAAAAUGAAAUUUUUAUUAUAUAAUAGUAACUAAACCAUUUUCAUAAAUUCACGAAGAAAUUCUUUAAGGGCAAGUGGAUUUUCUAGUUUUGACUAACUUUUUUUUGUUAUUACUUCAGAAGACGUGACCUUGACCCACUUGCCACUCAAUCAUCGAAACCAAUAAAUACAAUUUUUAAAACCCAAAAAUCUGAUUUUCCACUCAAAGUGGACGACGAUUUGGUCCAUCAAAGGGGUACUUAUGAUAUUGUAAGAGUGAUAUUAUUUUAAGUAAGAGUUUAGGAUUAUUUUCUUCCAAUUAAAAAAAGAAAGCACCGAAAAUGUCUGCUUAUUUUUACACCAAGAAACAUGUGAUCAAAUUGUAACUAAUAAGAGUUUAAAAAACUAUUACUAAAAUUCUGACACUUUUUCGUCAAAAUAUCAAAUCAGAUCAUUUUAUUCUUUUUAAUGGAUAUUUUUUUAAUAAUCAAGCAGAAACUGAAAUAACAUGAUUUGAUCAGAUAUUUUGGUCAAACAAAAGCAUUGAAUGUCUGGUGUUAAGGUGGCCGAAUUGUGGUUCCUUUUAGGAACAAUUAAUUAACAAAAUUGAACGAAAUUAAUAGCUUUUGACAUGUCUUGUGAAAUAUUAUUGUAAAGUGUUUGUAUUUUUGCUACUUUAGAAAAACCUGGAUGUUAUUUUCAAAAAUGGAUGAAAACGUUUCAAAAAUGUAAUUUUUUUAUUUUCUAAUUUGACAAAAAGCGUAGGAAUUAUGCAGGGUGUGGUCUGUCAGAUAUCCAAUGCUAGUAAAAAGUGUGUAUUUUCUGAUAUUUUGGUGCUUUCUGGUGGCAGUUCUGUCCCCUGAUCAGUGCAGUUUGUUGUGUGGUAAGGGUGUGUUUGCGUGGUAGAGAGCGGACCGAAAGGAUCGGCAGAGUUGUGCAGGGGGCGUCGUCUCCGGUAGGCCUUGUCAGCGCCCGCGUCGUGGCGCGUCGAGAUGCGACGAAUGCUGUGUAGUGCUCACACCGAACUCUAUUAGUUGUCGGCACUGUUUUAAGUGCUUGUAUUUUUGGGCUGUGUGAAGCUUACCUAGGGUUGGAUUAGCUUUAGCCCUUGUUACAUAUCCACCCGCGUAGCCGGACCGGUCGGGGGCGUGCGGCCGGGGGCCCAUGGGGGCCUCGGGGAUCGCCGGCCGGCACCGACCUGCGGCCGCACGCGCCCGCCCCUCGCAAUAUAUCACUAUUUAAAUCGAAUUCGAAUGCUAAUAAUCAUUACUGUGUAGAUAAUCAAUAAUCAAAACACCGGAACAAUGGUUUCAUUUCUUUGUAUCAGGCGGUAUACUUGUGUAUGUUAAUGUUAUUAUUGUUGUUUCGUUCCUUAGCGGCUGGGGGCGUGCGGGGGGACCGGCCCGCCUCGCAUCCCUCCCGCCGACACACACCAACCGUGCGCGUCCAAAAAAGGCGCCGCUCAUUGUCAUUUUUUUGUGAAUCAGUAUGAAUCUAGUCAUGUUUGUUACAAUUUAAAAUAUUUUAUAAAUGUUGAUUAAUAUACGACAUUCCUAUUUCAA